AUGAAUGUAUAUAAUAGUGAAAUUGUAUCAAUCAAAUCAUUGCAUAGUAAUACUAGUCAUGUAUUAUCAUCAUCAUCAUCGAAUUCUUCAUCACAACAAUCAUCUAAUUCAUUAAGAGCACCAUCUAUCACUGGUUUACCACAAUUGAAAAAUCUUACAGCUAUAGAAAUUAAUAAUAUUAAUAAAAAUCCAUUCAUUACAUAUCCAAAUGAUAAAUAUUAUAUAAAAAAUAUACCAAAUAUUAUUAAUACUACUCAUAAUAAUACUACUGAUUUUACUGAUGAAAUCUUUCAAACGAAUGGACAAUUAUUAACUAUUCCAGAUGGAAUGAAUCAUAAUAAUAAUGAAUCAAAUCUAUGGAAUUUGAAUUAUAAUACACAUUCUAUUGAUAAACAUAAAACUAGAAAUAAUGCAUUAUUUUGUGGUCCAGGACGUAAACGUUAUUUAAUUGCAUUUUUAUGUUGUACAUGUCUUACUAUUGUUAUUGGUAUGAGAUCAGAAAUGUUAGGUAUUAUAACAAAUUUAAAUAAUACUAAUACACGUAUAACAUUUGGUAUUAAAUAUACAACAAAUAUGAAAUAUCAAAUAGAUUAUAAUCAUCAUCAUCAUCAUUAUCUUCAUAAUCAUAUGAAUCUAUUCAAUAAAUCAAAACAAAUGAAUCAUAUCAAUAUAAAUGGAUCUAUCUAUUCAAAGAAAGAACAAGAACAACAACAAGAAGGUGGACAUGAAGAAGAAGAAGAAGAUAAUGAUGAGGAUAUUGAUCAUGAAUUACAUACAGAUUCAAAUAGAUUAUUAGAUAAUAUACGUCCAACAACAUCAUUAAUAUUUAAACCAUCAGAACAUCGUAAAAUGCCAUGGACAGAAACAAUUAAAAAUGAUAUAGUAGAAAAUUCUGUAUUUUUUGCUUAUUUAAUAACAAGUCCAAUAGGUGGUUAUUUAACAGUGAAUUAUGAUUCAUCAUUUUUAUUAGGUAGUUCUGUAGCAAUUACAUGUGGUAUGAAUUUAUUUUUACCACUUGUUGAAACUAUAGGUAAUAAUAUUAAUGCAAAAUUAAUUAUGAUUAUAUUAUUAAGAUUAAUACAAGGUUUAGCUGAAGGUUGUUUAAUACCAUCAGUAUUUGGUAUAUUACGUUUUUGGAGUCCUAUUAAUGAACGUUCAACAUUAGUAUGUUUAUCUGUUAUUGGUGUAUCAUUAGGACCAUUAAUUGGUUUAAUAUGGUGUAUAUUUUGGUGGAGAUUAAUUGAUGAAAAACCAAAUAAAGAUAAAAAAUUAAAUAAAUAUGAAUUAAAUUAUUUAAAAUCAACAAUAUCUAAUCGUAUAUUAUAUAAUCAUAAUUAUACUCAAAUACCAUGGAAUAAAAUAUUUACAUCACGUCCUGUAUAUGCUAUAUUAUUUACAUAUGCUGCAGAUGAUUGGACAUUUCAAAUAUCAUCAGUAUGUAUGCAAUCAUUUUAUCAACAAAUUUAUAAUGUAGAUGUGGAACGUACUAUAUUUUUUUUAUCAUUCCCUUUUUUAUCAAGAUCAAUAUUUGUACCAAUUGGUUUCUCUGGAUUGGCAGUAGCAGGCUACGCUGUAAAUGUGAUUGAUUUAGCUCCUAAUUUCUCAGGUUUGGUUAUGGGAUUCGCUAACAGUGUCAGUACAUUUACAGGUAUUUUAUCAACAUUUAUCGCAUCAGUUGUUGUACAUAAAUUUGGUUUAGAAUUAAAAAAUGGUUGGAGAGUUGCUUUAUGUUUAGCAGCAUUUAGUCAAUUUGUUGCUAUGAUUACAUAUUUAUUAUUUAGUUCCAGUGAACAACAAUCUUGGGCAUAUUCACCGACAUUUGAAAGUGUUGACAAGAAUGAUGAUGAUGUUGAUGAUGAUGAUGAUAAUAAUAAUAAGAAGAAUAGACCUAUGGAACAAAUCAAUCAUUCCAUGAUUUGA